UUAUUCUUGAGUGCAAUUUCUGCAUUUGGGGAAGAGGAUUCAGAGCUGUAGCUAUGGAGACAAUUCCUGUGAACACUAUGAUUCCUUCAACUUCACUCACUCACAUCCAAAACAAACACAUAGGCUCACCUAUUCGUCCAUUAAUUACAACUAAAACUUCAACUCAAUACAGGAAUUUUCGUUUUGCUAUUCAUGCCAAAUUCUCUGAUACUAAUUUUCAAGAUUUCCGGAGUUAUGCUAGACCUUCAGGACUUUUGCCAGCCUCUGAAGUGAAAGUGUACACAAAUACAUCAUUUGAAAAUAUUUUAUCUUCACUUAGAGAGGAUAGAACCAAAUCUUUAUUCAGGGUUAAGUUGGGUACCAGCAACUUAUAUGGCUCAAAUAUAAGUGAUUUCAAUGCUGGAAUUCUUCUAUGCUUGAUAGAUGAAAAUGGAAAUUCCAUAUUGCAGAGAAUACCUGUGAGUUUGAUGACUUCAGAAUCAGAGGAUAUACUUCAUUUCCAAAGAGGUUCUGUUGAUGAAUUCAUUUUUGAAGGUCCAAAAUUUGCAAGACUUGAAGCUCUUUGGGUCAGUGUUGAAUCGGGUCAAUGGCGCCUAGGAAGUAUUUCCUUAACGGCCAUUAGUUGUGAAUCGCAACCAAUGUUGACAAAAGAAGCGGUGCAACCACAGUACACUGGCUACCAGUAUGACUUUCAGGUUGAGGAUGCAUUGCUUGGUGAAGGAAGUGAUCUGUCCAUGUUGGAGUUAAGACCUAGUCUAGUGACUCAGCUUGAAGGGACUGAUCCUAUAAGUUUGUUAAACAAAGGACUACUUUAUGAAAGUACCUUGCUCCUCCCAAGUCCUAAGAUCUCAAAGGAAGAGAGCACGAUGGAAUACGCAAAUUUGAAAUUCUCAUUGCUAUUUUAUGAUGCUGUGCUGAUAUUGUUCGGCACGUCAAUUGCUUCCCUCUCGGCUGGGGAAAAUAUCGGGUUCGCUUUCUUUAUUGGCGGGAUUGGAGGCUUCUUGUAUCUGCUAUUGUUGCAAAGGUAUGUGGAUGGAUUGCCAGGUUCAAAAUUAAUCUCCAGCAAUAAGAGAGGAACUGAUGCAUUGUUUAGGGGGUUGAAGGGUCCUAUAGUAAGUGUGGCAUUGGCUAUAGGAUUGGCUGUAUUUGUUUUAAAGUAUAGUUCAGGAGAUGAUUUUGAAGUGAUCUUAACACCAAAAGAUCUCAUCGUUGGAAUGAUGGGAUUUCUUGCAUGUAAAGUUUCUGUGGUGUUGGCUGCAUUUAAGCCUAUAACGCUUGGAAAGAAGUUACCAAGUGACAUAUAACAUUAUAUAUACCCUUUUAUACAAGAAAUACUGCACACAACUCUAAUGAUACAACUAUGUAAGUAUGCAUGUUAGGCAUGAUAAGUAAAUACAAUAUGUUAUAGUUUUAUUAGUUAUUUCACAUAUGGAUUUAAUUUGUUACUCUAAAA